AUGGCUUCCGAGUAUAGAAUACAUAAGCCUUCUGUGCUUGCGACUCUUCCUCGACCGUUGGAUCAUACUAAGGGUCGCACUGUUGCGCGAGAGGUCUAUGGCUUGCGCGAUGGCCAGAAGAAGAAGAAGAGAACAGAAGUGGUUGUUGGUAUUGACGGAGAAACAGCUAGCAUCUACGAUAUUCCAGCAUCCAGUUUGAUUACUUCGUAUCCUAUCCCACCUCAAGAAUCAUUCACCUGCGCUCCUUACUCUGUUAGAAUCCGACGAUCGGGCACCAACGAUGUUUCACGGUACACAUAUAUCUCUACCCGCGACUCUACUGGCCAGAAGAUCACACUCUUCAAGGACGUUGUGAGCCAGGAUGGCAAGACUACCUCUACCACGAUUGCCUCUCCCGUCCUCGAGACCUCGCCUAUCCAAUACCUCGUUUGCGCUUCCAGUGUAUCCGAAACUGCAAAUGUUGGCGACGUGAUCGCCGUAAGCCAAAAUGGAGAGUUUGUUUCGCUAUCCUCCGAAACUCUCGCGAUUCAGUGGACUUCAUUGAAAUCAACUGUGCAGGACGCCAUCUCAAACCAGAUCGAAAGCUGCGAAGUGGACUACAUCACCUCAGGCACACUUGCUGAGUUCCGCGAAGGAAUCUUCAAGGACAAGCCCGAUGUUUUCAGCGCGCUUCCCAAGACACCCAAUUCUGAGCCUGAGUUGGUUGCACUUGUGUUGAGAGCCCUGAGCCAAGGUCAGGAGAGACCACACUCAGUCGUUCUGGCCGUAUCUUCGGGCGCUCCCUCAACUACCUUGGAUAUACAGAAGCUGUCGCCCCUAGAAAUCGCCCCCAUAGGCACCCCCUCGCCUUGUGGCACCGAUAAAUCUACUUACGAAGUUGACGUGCAAGCAGCCUUGCUGAUGCAGUUGCGAGAGGGCUCCCUGAGCAUCUACGACUUGACCACGCCUGUCCCAAAGUUGAAGUCCGUGGUACAGACAGAGAAUGCGAUCUCGUUUGCUCGCUUGUCCCGACCUUUCGUCCUAUCCUGUUCAUUCGAGUCAAUCAGCCUUUACAACCACCAGUACCGCUCGAUUCAUGCCAAUGCACCCCUUGAUUUGUCAGAGGUAUUUUCGGAAGGAGAGACGCCCCAAUCAUGCCAAUUCAUUAGUUACCUGAGAAGCCAGGAAUUGAUGGUCGCUCUCGUUGAUAAUGCGCUUGUGUCAAUCCAGAUUGAGCCCCCCAAGACCCAUGGAAAACGAAGGAAACAAGGUCUUCUGAUCGACUCUAUCGGUCGCGGAACUGCCACUGAGAUCCCUGCGAAGAAGACCAAAACGGACGAGCUCGCAGCGGAGUUCUCCAAGUACGUUCCUGGCUCAAUGACUGAAAAGUACAUGAACAAACUGCGCAAAGAACUCGACACGGCCGAUGGACAUCUCUCAAAGGGCGACCUUGGCGAAUGGGAACAGUUGCUUCGCAGCCGCUUCCACGUCGGCCUUCGAUCUGUUGCAGACGGCAAGGAAGACAAGGACUCUCAAGAGCUUCCCGAAUGGGAGUGGCAUACGGGAGGCUCGCCAUACGCUGUCGUUGACAGGCGUUGGGUUCUGUAUGCUAUCGGGCGCACCUUUUCUCUCUCUAUGAGCGAAGCCCCCGAGUCACGACCAAAGCUGCAACUCAUUCUACCCGACACAAACGUUACAUCCUACCUCGUUGUUGCCGGACACCUGACCCUUUCAAACUUGAAGGCUGCUUUCCGAGACGAACUUGAUGUAGAAGCUCUAGACAACAAAGCUCUCGUUGAGGAUCUCUUGGCAAGCUUGGCUGAUGCUGACCCAUCAACGACGCUGAUGCUGAACUACCUCCAGGCUACACCACUCGGCGAGCUAGAGUUGCUACUUGCCAUCCGAGCUUUGAUGGUCAGCCUCGAUCUCAUAAUUGAUUCCAAGAAGCCAGCUAGCAACAAGCUUUUGACCAACGAGGCACACGAUGGGGCUGAAAACUACGACAUGGACCUCGACGAUCUCGAACGGGACAUUGCCAUUACUGAGUACUACCUCGGAGACGACAGCAGUAGCCGUUCACGAGGACUCACGUUGGCUUUCGCUAAACUCUGGCGUCUACCAGCACUGACUACUAUCAAGGCAAUGCGGGCUACGCUCAAGACGCAUGAUAUUUUGUCACUCAUCCACACCCUCCGAGUGGAACUUGUCCGAGGAGCGUGGACAUCACUGUAUCUCGACUCGAGCAGUUUUGAUCUUGAUGGCAGCGACCCGCCCCCGGAUGGCGUGAUCGCAUUGAUCUCAGACCUCCUUGGCCGGUGCAUUGACGCUGUUGGCGCCGGAGGAUGGUUGUUUAAUGAUAACAUUUCAGGCGACAAUUCUGAUGCUGGCGAUCUACUGACGUCGUUGCAUAACGAGGUGGGCGUUGCCCUCGAAGGCAUCGAGGAGGUUGUGACUAUCAACGGUUACCUUAGCGAGGCAGUCCGAUAUGGACAAGCUGCCCAGAAGGGCGGCGUGGGCCGACCCAAAUGGAACACAAGCAAACCAGUCUCUAUGCAAUUGGAGGGCCUGGAGUCUCGAUUGCUCCCACUGGGACUCAAGACGAAGCAGCUUCCUACCAAGAGCAAGGUGGUGUCGGGCGGUGAAGUGGUGCAGCGCAGCACGCGAGAGACUGGACACCUGAUCAGUCAGAAGGUGGAGGCAUACUCGCUGGAAAAGUUGGCAAUCUAA